AUGGCUGCCAUUCCUUCAUUUCGAAAAAACCUGUGGCCACGCCAUUGCUUGCCUUCAGCGCGUGAGCUCGUGCGCAAUAUAGUUGCUUCAUCGACAACGCCAUUGUCAACCAAGGACAUUUACAAUUUGGCUUUGAAACAGACAGCGAUCCAAAUUAUCUCAGAUAAGUUGCCAGAGCAUAGUGUGCCGAAGAAAGAGCAUCCAACUAUCGUGCGUGGAAUAACAAGGCAACCUUCUACUCGACCUCCCCAUCCAGAGCAUCCCGUACGGUCUCUACAGUAUUUGAAGAGAGUGGUGCUUCCGGACCUAGUAAAUUCGAAGAAGGUCGAAAAGUUCUGCACCAAGCGAACGCUCUCGCAAGCGGAAAUUGACCACCGGCUUCAGACGGUGACCAAAGCUGCGCGGAAGGAACAGGCUGUAUUACUCGCUGCACCGAGAAAUACUUGGUUGUGGAAAAUGACGACACCCCCUCCUCCACCUAAGCCCUUGCCCGCCUCUACUCUCUCGAAGUCGGAAUUACUAGGAUUGCCUCGGCUCACGGCAGCCGAUGUAGGUGUUGGGGAAGAUUGGGGUCAUUUGAACAAGCGAAGGCAACGCGCGAGGAAGGAAAAGAUUGAACGUGAUCUGAAGUGGAUGUGGACGCUGCAGGCCGCGAAGAGGGAAGCUGCACGAGAAGCAUUGCAGCUUAGUGCUCCAGCUUCAUAG